AUGAUUCCUGGACACGUGGAUGAAUUGAAGGAACACUUCCGGUUGGUACACAAUUUGAACACCAGCAAAGCAGCCGCUCAACCUUUCCUUUGUUCAGAAUGUGGUUCACUGUACCAGAGGUUUAAGAGCUUGAAACGGCACAUAGAGAGUGUUCAUCCACUAAUUACAGAAAAUUCUACAAAUAUUUCAUACGACCAUGACGCUGUUGAACAAAUUCAAAAUAAUCAUCCGGAAAAUAUGCUCGUAGAUGAUGAUUAUCUGUUGAGAAUAACGAAUACCAUAUUCUUUAAAACGGCGCCGUCGUUGGAUGAAAUUACUAAGAAAAUUAGUAAAUUCGCCACAGAUUUGCGAAAAGAUGUAUCUCUUCCCGAGACAAAAAUCAAAAAGUUCUUACAGGUUACCUCGAAUCUUAUAGAAGAUUACGAGUGUUACAUGUUGAAUCUAUUCAGAGAAUUUUUGAAAUCGAAGUCGAUCCCAUUAAACGAUACCGACGCUUUGAAAUUUAUAAACGACGCAUCUUUGGAUGGAAUUUUUGCAGACGUAGCUUCUCCAAAAGACAACCUAGCAUAUUUGUCUGGAGUUGCGGGUUGUGCUGUGCCAAACCCUAGGGAACAAGUCUUGGGAAGAACUAGAAUCACUAAAACUGUCCCUGCGAUUACCAAACUAGGCAAAAGAAAAAGUGUACAAAUAGUGAAAGACAUUGCUCACUAUAUUCCACUAACCAGCAUUUUAGCACUGGUUAUGAAGAAUCCCGGAGCUCGCAAGAUGAUAGCAGAAGAAGCAGUGAAUGACGAUAUCUUGUGCGGUUUCAAAGAUGGUCAACGUUUCAAAACACACCCGUUCCUGACACGGUUUCCCGAUGCAUUACGACUCUCGCUUCAUCUGGACGAUGUCGAAUAUCUGAACCCUUUGGGAUCACGCAAAUCAAAAAAAAAACUUACCAAUUUCAGUGUUAAAAUUGAGAAUCUCCACCCCGCAAUUAAUUCAUCCUCCAACAGGAUAUAUCUAACGCUUACCGUUCGCUCAAGAGAUGUAAAAAAAUAUGGCUACAAUAACGUUAUGAAACCGCUGAUUCAAGAUUUGCGUGAGCUUGAAUCAGAUGAUGGUGUUGUAGUACAAUAUGGGAGUGAAAAGUUUACGAUGAGGGCAGUUCUAGUGCAUGUUUUGGGGGACACGCUGGCAAUUCAUGAAAUUUUCGAGUUAAUGGGGCCCCAAUCAAGUCUAUUCUGUAGAAUGUGCUAUGCGACGCGUACUGCACUUCAUUGUGGAAACAUUGGUGAUACCUUCCCUCAUCGCACUGAAGAAAGCAUACAAGGUGAUUUAAAUGCUCUUCAAAGCGGAACUAAAACACCUUCACAAUGCGGAAUCAUUCGAAAAUCAGCACUGAAUGAAGUUAAAUAUUUCAACAUAGCGGAAAAUAACACGUUUGAUCCAAUGCAUGAUCUUUUGGAAGGCGUCGUCAUGGUCGUAAUCAAAUGUGUUUUGAACGAAGCUGUAAAUAUCCAUAAAGUGAUAACGAUUAGUCAAGUCAACCAAAUUAUACAGCAUUACGAAUACGGUAUAACUGAAUCGGCUGAUAAACCUACCGCUAAUUUUACUUGCGAGAAGUUAAAAGCACGUGGACAUGCUAUUCCUCAGUCAGCUUCGCAAUGUUGGCUUCUCCUUCGAGCAUUCCCUUUUAUGUUCAACCAGAUUCUCGGAUUUAAUUCAAAUUUAUCAUCAGUGCUUAGAGCUCUCAUGAAAAUAACUUAUUAUAGUUUCUCCAAUAAGCUAACAUUGAAUCAGAAUAACGAUCUGGAAAACGAAAUCGAAUGUUUUUACAAGUUGUUCAAAUCCUGCUUCCCUGCCAUCAACCCUACCAAUAAAUUCCAUCACAUCUCUCAUUAUCCCUACAUAAUUCGUCAGGAUGGGCCAGUUGUUAAUCAUAGUUGCUUACGCUUCGAAGCGAAAUUCAAGGAGUCGAAAUCUCAAGCGAAGACAUGCAACAAUUUCAUCAAUUUAACAAACAGCUUUGCUAAGCGCCUGAAUCUAGCACAGAUAACCAACCACUAUUCUUGA